UGGUACGACUCCACGAAUGAGGACGACUCGCGUCAGCAGGCGCUGCGGCGGCGCGGGCGAGGGAGAGUGCGCGUGCGCGGCUUGCGAGCGCUGGGGAGCGAGUGUGCGGAGCGGGAGCUCGGGUGCGCGCAGAAGCCGGAGCUCGCGUGCACGCGGCCGGGCAUCCUGGGCGGUGGGUCCUGCUUGCGACAGGCGGCGGCACAGGGUCUCGACUGUGACGGAGGUGUUUGCACCAGACGAGGGCGGCGGCGGCGGCAGCAUCGGCGGUGGCGGCGGCAGCAGCAGCAGCAGCAGCAGAGGGCGCGGAGAUGUGGCCCCUGGUGGUGCUGCUGCUGCUGAGCUCGGCUUGCUGCGGUUCAGCCCAGCUAACAUUUAAUCCAGUCAAAUCUGUAGAAUACACCACUUGCAAUGAAACUGUCGUCAUCCCAUGCUUUGUUACUAAUGUGGAGGCAGCUAGCCUUCGAGAAAUGUAUUUAAAGUGGAAAUUUGGAAAAGAUUGGAUUUUCAUCUAUGAUGGAGAGAGAAAUUUUUCCAACCACAGCCCUGGCUAUGAAAGUGCCAGCAUCGUGAAACCUGCAUUGCUAAAGGGCAUUGCAUCUUUGAGGAUGAAUAACAAGGAUGCUGUCCCAGGAAACUACACUUGCGAAGUAACAGAAUUAAGCAGAGAAGGUGAAACCUUCAUAGAACUUAAAUAUCGUGAAGUUUCAUGGUUUUCUACAAAUGAAAAUAUUCUUAUCAUUAUUUUCCCAAUGCUGGCUGUGCUUCUCUUCUGGGGACAGUUUGGUAUUGUGACACUUAAAUAUAGUUCCAGUGUUCCGAGGGAGAAGUCCAUUUUUUUAUUUGUUGCCGGAAUAGUGCUCACUGCAUUUGUCAUCAUUGGAGCCAUCCUUUUGGUCCCAGGUGAAUAUUCAGCAAAGAAAGCCAGUGGACUUGGUUUAAUUGUGGUUCCUACAGUGAUAUUAAUAUUACUGCAGUACUCUAUGUUUAUGAUAAGUCCAGCUGUUGGGCUGUCCUCCUUCAGCAUUGCCAUACUGGUCAUUCAGCUGCUGGGCUUUGUGCUCUCUGUGGUUGGACUAAGCCUUUGUGUCUCAGCAUGUUCCCCAGUGCACGGCCCUCUUCUGAUUUCAGGUUUGGGUGUUGUAGCUUUAGCAGAGUUACUUGGACUAGUUUAUAUGAAAUUCAAUGCUUCUGAUCAGAGGACUAUACAACCUCCUAGGAAAGCUGUAGAGGAACCCCUUAAUGCAUUUAAAGAAUCAAAGGGAAUGAUGAAUGAUGAGUAGCUGAACUGAAGUGAUGGACUCAGAUUUGGAGAGUAGUAAGACAUGAAAAGAAUGCACUCGUGUUUAAGCACCACGGCCUUGAUUCGCUCACUCUGCAAGAGAAGAUGACUUUCAUCUUUAAUAAAAAGUAAAUCAUUGACUUUUGAGUGGUUACUCCAGUUAAGUUUUUAUUCAAAGCAUUUGUGAUUUAGUUAAUAAAAGAAUUAUGAUGUGUCGUGUGCCCAAUUGAGAUCCAAUUUUUAAUUUUUAUUUUUCUUUAAUCAGGGGCAAAAAUAGAGUGGGCAACUUCCAAGAAUGAUGACUUUCAGAUCCUAGGACCUUUUGACUCUAGGUCACCAGUUUAAAUUGGUUCAACUUGAGAAUUACCUGGCAUUAAUCUUGUCGUUACCCAGAGAUAUUGCUGAAAAACAGGGGCUUCCAUCAGACUUCAGCAAACUCAGGUUUAUAGCCACAUUGGCAGUUACAAUGUUAACUGAAUAAUGUGUCUGCCACUUCUGGAUCAAGGGAAUAGCAAAUUAAGUCCAGACAGGACUUGGGCUGGAAGCAUUUUGUGCGCUGCUGACGUGAAAUGUGCUGUUGAUGGAGAUUAUGCUCCUCAUUCUUGGGGGUUGCCGUUCACAUAUUCUUCAAUGUACAAUGUAACAGAUCCUUUCCAGAUUUAGGGUAGUUUUAUUGAUGGAUGUCUUUUUCUUUUAUUCACACAACCCUUUAAACCCUGUCUUGUCCUCCUGUUGUUUGCUUCUGCUGUACAAGAUGUAGCACCUUUUCUCUUCUUUGAACAUGGUCCAGAGACAUGGUAGCAUCAUUGCAGAAAGGAGCCAGACUUGUUCUCAGAGAAUUAUGUUCACACUUGUCAGCAAAAAUAGCGAUGGUUGUAACAUAUGUAUUCCCUUCCUCGGAUUCGAAGGCACAAUCUACGGUGUUUCUUCACUUCUUUUCUGAUCUGGGGCAUGAAAAACCAAGGUUGAGGUUUUAACUAUGUGUCUCCUGCAUGGCAACAUACUGUGUGUCACUGUCAGGCCCAUGGGCCAGCCCUCGAGAGGGUGGUUUUAUUGCUGUUGUAUCUCUGUUGCAUGAUAAACACUCAUCAUCUUCCUCCUGUAGUCCUGCCUCGUAUCCCCCUGACUCUGAGAUUGAAAAAGAAAACAUAAACCCCCAUAUUUUUUACCCCAUUAGAAGAAAAUUAACAUUCUGACAGUUGUGAUUGCCUGGAGUACUUUUAGAUUAUUAGCACUCGUUUUUCUCCUUUGUGGGUGUGUGUUUCUGUGUGCACAUGUAUGAGGUGGGCACAUGCGUCUUCCGUGUGGACAGCAGUGGGGUACCUGCAGGAGAGCAAAUGUUAAUUCACGCUCUUAGCAAAACAUUGAGAAACAAAGAUCUUUGUUGGGUGGGAUUAUAUUUGACGCAAAUAUUUGGUCACGUAAAACUUUCAAAAUUUCUAGGGAAUUUGCCAAGUCUUUUGACUGCUCACCAAUCCUGUCUAAAAAUACUAGUGAUUCUUCCUGUUUGUGUAAUAAUAAGACAUUUAUAUUUGUAGUUGUGUUACAAAUAGUUAUUUCUUAGUCCACUAAAUGUCCUUGUGUGCCUCUUUUAUGCCAAAUUAAUCGUCAUUCUUCAUGUUGGGACCAAGUGGUUUGCCCAUGGCAAACCAAAAUUUAUGACCUGCUGAUGUCUCUCAGAAAACUGAACACACUAUGAAGACAGUUCUUCUUGAAAACAACAACAACAAAAAAAUUUUUCCCUAAUUGUGUUGCUUUCCAAAAUAUUACCAUAUGUAGAGGGAGCUGUAUUCCUUUAUACAGAUCUCAUGGCUCCUGCUGCUCUUUUUUCUUCUGAAAAUAUUUAUAUUUUAGUAAUAUCAUUUGUUACUUUGGAAAUCAAUUUUGAUGAAAGGAGGAAAAAAAACCGAUGGACUUGAAAAAGAUCCAAAUUCCUAUUCUCUCUUAAGAAAAAGUCAGGUAUGAAAAUGUUUCUAGUAAACUUUUUAAUAAACUAACAUCAUACCUUUUAAUACAAAGUAAACUCUCCUUCAUUGGGGGCUCAGUCUUGGGACUUACCCGACCUCUGUGUUCUCUUUGAUGCUGCCUAUCCUUUGAGGCGCUCACUGCCCUUGACAACGCAGCAAGGUAGCAGGAGAAAGGCCAGAUGAAAUCAACUCUUGCUCUUACUAGUUGUCAGCUGCCCUGGAAAAGGGGCCACAGCAGCAGAAACCCUCUUGCCUGGGCAUCAUUGGGCCAGUUCAUUCUCUUUCGAACAGACUUGUAAUGGCUCCCAAUUUUCUGUCACAUGUAAUGAAAAUUGCUAACAAUGCUUUGGGUAUCAUAUAUGUGUUCCUCCUAUAAUCUGAUUUUUACUCACUGAUGCAAUUUUUGCCCUUGACUCUUUUGUUCAGUUUUAUUUAUUGCAUGUCCUCAGAGUGAUGCCAUUUGUCAUUUUUGCAACAACCUUAUCAACCUUUCUGGCCAAAUCAAAUUUCCCCUCUGCCUCGAAACAUCCUCCAGCCCUUCCUUCCCCAUGGACUCCCCUUUGCAGUCUGUCCCCAUCUGCCUACCUGCCUCUUGCAUCCUCACUUGCCUUUCCCAGGACUUCAUGUGUCUCUGCUUAGCUCUCUCAGUUUGUCUUACUUUUCUCAGUUGAAAAUUCCUUCACAGCAAGAGCUUUUUUUCCCCCUUCCUUUCUCUUCCUGCAGUGUUUUGCCUACAUUAGAUAUUCAGUAUAUGUUUGAUGAUUGAGAGCUGUAUGUAGAUUUUUCCACUGUUUUUUAAUAGGGUGAGCUAGAGAGUUUUCUUUUUUGACAAAUUUCACAUGCUGUGAAAACCUUCAAAGGCGAUGAUUUUUCACCUGGAAGCUCCAGCUUUAUUGUUUAAAUUUCUGAGGAUGUCAGAAUGAAAAUAUUGAGGCUGUCCCAUAAUUAGGAACAUUGCUUUUUUCAGGAUGCUGUAGUCAGUUUAGUAAGUGACCAAAUUGUGGUUUGACUAAUAAAGCUCAAAAGUGAUAAGUUUACACUUUCAUCUCAUUGGUAAGAAUUAUGCUCUGUAUCACCGUCUAGAUUUCUCUCGUCCUAAAAUGAGUGUUCAAAAAUGGACAUCUGUGGCGUUAUGUAUGGAAAUACAUACCCCUCUGUUUACCUGUCCUUGGAAACUAGAGAAAUUGUUGGGCAACCCUUAUCUUUUCAUUGUGUUUUAUUUGAUGGAGAGGAUGUUCGGAAACAGUUUUACAUGUGUCACGUUUUCAAAAUCACUAACUGCCAUCAGCCACUGGGGUCCUUCAUCAAGUCAUUUUCCGUGGCUAAUAGGAACAGUCCAGGUAACUUUCAAGAGACGAGCAGUGAACAGGCAGUUUUCUUGUGUUUGGUUUUUGACAGCUCUUAUCAUUUAAGACCAGUUUUUCCAAAAUUUAGCCCUUAAAAAAAAAAGAGCAUUUGUAAUACACUUCUCUGUAAGGCAACAUCAGUGGAAUCUUAGACAUGUUGUUAUCAGGGUAGAUGAGAGAGUGAAACGUUUUUGUUCUUACUAAAUGGAGAAUUAUUUACAAAAAGCCAUUGUUGGAAAUUAUAUCCCACACCAGAUGAAUAUCCAUUAACCAUUCUAAGUAAAGAGAACUCCGGUGUUGCUAUGUGCAAGAUCCUCUGUUGGAGGCUUUUUCCAUAGCAAUGAAAGGUGUGCUAUUUGUCGGUAGCCAUUUUUGCAGUGAUUUAAAGACCAAAGUUGUUUUACAGCUGUGUUACCGUUAAAGGUUUUUUUUUUUAAAUAUGUAUUAAAUCAAUUUAUCACUGUUGAAGCUUUGAAUAUCUGCAAUCUUUGCCAAGGUAAUUUUUUAUUUAAAAAACAUAACUUUGUAAAUAUUACCCUGUAAUAUUACAUAUACUUAAUAAAACAUUUUAAGCUAU